UGCUGCCUUGCAUACAUUCAUCAAUCGAGUUUCAUUUUCCUCAAGAGAGACGCAAGACCAGGCAUUAUUAGCUGUGACGCAAUGCUGAUAUCUCAACCUCCUCUCACGCUCACCAAGUUGGUAUGUCUUUCAGUUUAUUGAUUAAUUUACUCCAACAGACAAAACGCAAAUUAAGCUCUCCAUUAUAGUUUGUCUUCCUCAAUACUAAUCCCUCCAUCUUCUUCUCUUAAAUCCUUCUCACAUUCUCACUAGCUAGCUAGCUCGUUUAUAUCUUUUCGCUAAGAUUAUGGGUUCGGGUUCAGUCUUUCCAUUGUCAAGUGUACUAUUAAUAUUAACCCUAGGAGCUCUUCUGGUUGCCUUCUUUGUUAACCCGGCAUGCUCCACUUCAAGACGAGCUCUCGAUCUCCAUGACCACCACCAAACCAUGCAAAAUGGGUUCAAGGUGACUCUCAAACACAUUGAUUCUGAUAAAAACUUGACCAAACUCGAGCGUCUUCAACGUAGAAUCAAGCGUGGCCGGAAAAGGUUGCAAAGGCUCAGCGUCUUAUCCACCUCAUCAUCAGAUCAUAAUUUGGGUGCCACCUCCCCGAUCCACGCCGGGCAAGGAGAGUUCUUAAUGAAGUUAUCAAUUGGCACUCCAGCUGAAACCUACAACGCUAUCUUGGACACCGGGAGCGAUCUCAUCUGGACUCAAUGCAAGCCUUGUAAGGACUGUUACGAUCAGCCAAGCCCGAUUUUCGACCCCAGAAAGUCCUCAACAUUCUCAAAGCUAUCAUGUGAAAGCGAGUUCUGUGAAGCACUACCCUCACAAACAUGCACCGACAACUCUUGUGAGUACUACUAUGCUUAUGGUGAUUUUUCCUCCACAGAUGGGAUUCUUGCAACCGAAACGUUCACAUUCGGAGACGUUUCCAUCCCGAAAAUAGGGUUUGGAUGUGGGAAAGACAAUCAAGGUGGUGGGUUCAAUCAAGGUGCUGGUCUUGUGGGGUUAGGGCGUGGAACAUUGUCGUUGGUUUCGCAGCUCAAGGAGCCCAAGUUCUCAUAUUGCUUGGCUUCCGUGGACGACACAAAAAGUAGCAGCACACUUUUGAUGGGGUCUGUAGCAAACUUGGACAACACUACAUCAAAGCAUGCAGAUAUCAAAACAACCCCUUUGAUCAAAAGCCCAAACCCGGACCAAUCAACAUUUUACUAUCUUGGCCUCGAAGGCAUCUCCGUGGGUGACACUCGGUUGCCUAUAAAAAAAGACACAUUUGCCCUCGGAGAUGAUGGCAAUGGUGGUCUAAUCAUAGACUCGGGGACAACUCUAACGUACAUAGAAGAAGGUGCUUUUGAUUUACUCAAAACGGAGUUCACUUCCCAGAUCAAGCUUGCAGAGACAGACGCGACUGAUACCGUGGGGCUUGACGUGUGCUUCAAAUUGCCAGAGGACGAUGGCUCUGGAAAAGUAGAGGUGCCAAAGUUGGUGUUUCAUUUCAAGAAUGCGGAUUUGGAAUUGCCUGCUGAAAAUUAUAUUAUUGCUGAUACCGACGUUGGAGUACUUUGUUUGGCUAUGGGGUCUGCCAGCGGUAUGUCUGUGUUUGGGAAUUAUCAGCAGCAGAAUUUGCUGGUUUAUCAUGAUCUUGUCAAGGAGACGAUUUCGUUUGUUCCUACAAAAUGCGACCAGUUGUGAUUGGGUCGGCUAUUAUUCUUGGCGUACCCACGUACGCUUAGUUUGUCAUGAUAUCAUAUUUUUUUCCCUUUCUUAUAACAAAAACAAUUAAAGUCA